GUCUUCGUCAAAACUUCUAAGACAACAGUUCUAGACUUUGCCGCAAUAUUACUCCGAGACAACUCCACAUCCUGCCUUCAUUACUAGGUCGCAAGUGCCGCCGCCACAACCACUCGGUCGGGUCCUCCCCAUCAGCUCCCCAUCAGGACCCCCCCCCCAGACGUGUCUCUCCGUCUCCCCUUGCACAGACAAACUGAACACGCGCUUGACCCACCGGCACUAAGAUCGACAGCCGCUGCAGCACGGGAUGUGCACCCCACGGGAUUCCCCAGGGCGUAAACGGGAUGUCGCACAGCUCACGCCAAACCAGCGGCGAGCGCGAGACAGCGCUCCACAGUGCGCAUGGCACUCACAGGUUCAUAACCAUGUCGCCACAGAAUUCGGGGAGCUAUCACGGCGGGAAACCAGGGACCUUUAGAGUUGCGGCGCGGCGGAGGCUACACGUGCGCCCCACCUAAUGCCCGCGUUGUGAGCGCUAGGGCGAGCUCAUUUAGCUGGUUGUCGUCUUCCCUUGCAUACGGUGAUCAAGAAUAGGAGUAUAUAGCUUGUGUCCCUCGCGAGCGGCGCGUGAAAAAGAUGCUUGUGAAUUGGAGACAUUCUUAGUUGCAGACGGGUUGUACUAUCGACAACCAAAGCGAGGUUUAACUUGUUGAUUGAGCUUGUUCGGCUGUUGAUCUUAUUCGGCUUGUUGAGCUUGUCGAGGCUUUGUGGGGUUUGCGAGCCGACGACGGGAAGUGGAGCUCGGUGUCAGUCCUGUCACCACUGUCAGAGCUACAACAUCUCUCUCAACCAUGGAGGAGUCGAAGCCGCGGUUCACGGUGGCGUGGAUCAACAUCUUCUGCGCGAUCUUCUCAUGUCUUGGAGCUUUCAUUUUCGGCUUCGACAGCGGAAUCUUCAAUACAACUAUCGCUCAUGAGAGUUUUAAUAUCUAUAUGUUCGGGAGAACUACCGGUGAUGCAAUCUUGACAGGUGCCGUUGCUUCAACAUACACUGGCGGAACCGCUAUUGGCGGCUUGUUCUCGGGAUGGUCAGCCGGGAAGUUCGGACGCAAGAAGACGAUUAUCGGUGCAGCUGCCAUAGUCGCCUUUGGCACCACCCUUCAAACCGCUGCCCAGAAUUUGGGUAUGCUGAUAGCGGGCCGUGUCAUUGCGGGCCUCGCCGUGGGUAUUCUACUGUCCAUUGUUCCCGUCUAUAAUGCCGAAUUGGCUGUCCCACAGCACCGUGGGGUCAUUGUCGGUCUUUUUGCAGUCCUGGCUUCAUUUGGUGUUGUAUGCGCCAAUUGGAUCGGGUAUGGCUGCCAAUUCGCACAUGGAGAUGCACAAUGGAGGAUCCCACUUGGGUGCCAAAUCCCCACUGCGGUUAUCCUUGCUCUCGGUGGUUUCUUUUUGCCAGAAUCGCCUCGCUGGUUGAUUGAACAAAACCGAAGCCAUGAAGCACAUAAGAUCAUGACUCGCAUCCAUGGUGGAUUAGGAGAAGACUUUGUUUCGCGGGAGUUCACGCAAAUGCAUGAGCAGAUCAUCGCCGAAAGGGAAGCCAAUCAAUCCCGUUGGAUCGACUGCUUUACUACGCCGUCUGCCCGUAGAAGAAUGUGGAUUGGUAUCUUUGUGAAUAUCUUCAAUAAUCUUGGGGGCACACCGGUUAUAAGUAACUACCAGUCUAGACUGUUUAAAGAGAUCGGCUUCACGGGCACAAAGACUUUGUUUUUAUCGGGGUGUUACGGUUUGGCUGGGUUUGCAGGUGUUAUUACCAAUAUAACAUUGGUCGCUGAUCGGAUGGGCCGUAAAGACUCGAUGUGGAUCGGAGCUAUUGUCCUCGUGGUUGAUCUGGUGGUCCUAAUGCCCCUCACCAAAAUAUACACCGGCUCCGAGAAUCAAGCCGGCAAAGCAGCUGCUGUGACUUUUAUCUUCCUCCAUUCAUAUCCCUACUCUGUCUUUAUGUACGGCACCGUAUGGGUCUACACGGCGGAGAUGUUCCCAACACGGCUGCGUGCCAAGGGUGUCGCCAUAUGCACCUUCUGGGGCCAGGCCUUCAACAUCCUACUCCAGCAGAUCGGACUUAGGGUCUUUGAGGAGAUAGGAUAUCUCUUCUAUAUUGUCUUCAUUGUAUGCACGAGCUUAGCAGCGGUAGUGUACUACUUCUUCCUGCCCGAGACGAAGGGGGCGACUCUAGAGGAUAUCUCGCGUUUCUUCGGAGACCCAGUCGUGGCCACGAUAAGCGAGAGCCAGACGCGCAUAGCGAAGGUUUUAAAUGAGGUCGAUGGACUUGCAGAUGCGGGCGAUGAGAGUGGAGAGCGUGGCGGGAAGGGCGGGGAGGUUCUGAUUGACGAGAAACGAGGUUAGAACUGUAAUUAGAUAGUCUGCAUUGAUCGGGCUGCCAUUUUGGGCCGGUCCAUACCUGGUUCAAUAGUUAUGGAUAUAUGUAG